CGCCGCCGGGGCGGGAGCAGGGAAGCGAAGCCCGGGGUGCGCGGCCGGGCUGCCCGCGGAGCCGGCCUCGCCAUGGCCCGCCAGCUCAUCGGCCCCGCGCUGCCGCCCGGCUUCCCGCGCCGCACUGAGGCCGAGCCGGGCGAGGACUUCAGCCAGGUUGCAGGACCAGCACUGCCUCCAGACUACAAAAGCAGCUGUAGCUCAGAAACUCCUGACAGUGAUGACGACUCAGAAUCUCUUCCUCUACCCAGAGAUGCAAAUAGAGAUUCUGAAGAGGAGACAGAAGGAGAUCCAGCUUCCAAAAAGCCAAAAAGAAUUCAUGAAGACGAUGAUGAUGAUGGCUUUUUUGGGCCAGCUCUUCCUCCUGGAUUUAAAAAACAGGAUGAUUCUCCAGAGAGGCCCAUUAUAGGUCCUGCAUUACCACCUGGCUUUAGGAAAGCUUCAGAGGACACCAGAAGUAGCAGAUGUUUCAUAGGACCAUCUGUUUCAUCAGAAUCCCGUCCCCAGCUGACAGAUAGUAGUGAGGACGAAGACAAUUUAAUAGGCCCAAUGCCUGCAAAAGGACCAGUGGAGUCUGAUGUGGCUAAAGAGUUUGAACGCCGAGCUCAGAGAAUGAAAGAAAAGCUUACUUCAGCAGACAGCGAUGAACCCAAACAAGUUACCAGGGAAUCAUGGAUGACAGAGCUUCCACCUGAGUUGAAAAGCUUUGGAUUUGGCCCAAGAACAUUCAAGAGACGAGCUGAUGACAAAUCAGGUGAUAGAUCUAUUUGGACAGAUACUCCAGCUGACAGAGAGCGAAAAGCCAAGGAAAGAGAAGAGGCAAAAAAGUCAAGCAGUAAGGAUAAUGAAGAAAUGGUAUUAUCUGGGAGGGACAAGAGGCUUAUUGAGCAGGUGACUUCAUACAAUGAGUCAAAGAGGUCAGAGUCUCUCAUGGACAUGCACCAGAAAAAGCUGAAGAGCAAGGCAUCCGAAGAAAAGAGCAAACCUCAGGAAAGAAGGCCGUUUGACCGAGAGCAGGAUCUCAAAGUCAAUCGCUUUGAUGAAGCACAAAAGAAAGCUCUUAUAAGAAAAUCCAGAGAUCUGAAUAGUAAAUUUGAGCACAGUAAAGGCAACAUGUUUUUAUAAGAUGAAAGCAUUAAGCUUUUUUGAAGUGAAGUCCAUAAAAAUUUGAAUACUUAAUUUUUGUAAGUAUUUUUCUGUAAAUAUUUGUAUGCAAAAUAAAUAUCCUGAUGUUUAACUA